UCCGGGUCUCAUCCAUGGCGUCUCUUCUCUACUGCAACAGCCUUUCCAUCUCCCCAUUACCUCCGCAACCCACGCACCACCCCAAAUCCAUUGUCCCCCAACCCUAAACAUCAAACACUCAAAACCUUCACGUUACAGUGUGCGCCUAGGUGAAGGAUCUGCUACUACUCCGCUCCCAAGAAGAAAUGCCCUCUGCAAUCCCUCCAAGAUGCCGAUCCCGAACUCCUCCGCUACUUCGACAAGCUCGGCGUUCCUCUCAACGAGCAGAAGCGUCUCGCCAACAUCGCCGUCGACGCCGUCCUCGACAGCGUCUCCAUGGCCACCACCCACCGCAAGGGCUUGUUCCAUCUCUUCUGGGUAUAAUUCCCUAUGUAGGGAUUGAUCUCACUGUAUAUGACACCUUGAAAGAUAUAUCUAAGAGAUACAUUCUUCAUGACAGUGAACCUGGUCCUCUAGUACAACUUGGAUGUUGGACAAUUUCAGGUGCUCUUGGAGCCACUUGUGUCUAUCCGCUGCAGGUUAUUAGGACAAGGUAUAAAGUUGUGUCAGUAGUAAUGUUAUUUCUCUGCUCUCUUUCGCCCAAAUGGAAAUAUGGAUUGUGGGGGAGGGAGGCAUCAGUUUUGUUCUUUUACUCUAGGUUUCUUAUUGAUCCUUUCUCUGGGCUCUUUGUUGACAUAUCUUACAAGGGAAUGUUUGAUACAUUACGUAUAUGA